AUGUUAAAAAUAAGUGAAAUCAAUUUUUUAAAAGGUAAUUCAAUAUUAUGGUAUAAAGUUAUCUAUCUAUCUAUCUAUCUAUCUAUGUAUCUAUCUAUCUGCGAGAGGCGGGAGCAGCCGACGGAACCGAGCAUGACUACGCUGCUAUCGCUGCAAAGAGUUAGGUCAUGUAGCACAGGAUUGCUCGGGAAACGAGUCCGGGGACAAGGUGCUGUCGCAACCCUUGCGCCCUCUCGGUCAGUAAAUGCGGCAUUGCCUGUUGUCAACUGCGGAUCGAUGCUUGACAUGGAGCAGUCAACAAAUCGAGAUUCAGACGAUUCGGGCCUGUUGUGGUGUCGGGACUGUGUCAGUCCUCUCAGACGGAGGAAAUCAUGCCAAGGUCGACGUUUUGGUGGCACGUCAAAGGCCCUUCGGUUACGACCUGCUACUUGGGAUCGAUGUGAUCCGAGCGUUAGGAGGCAUGAUAAUCACGCCAGCCGGAAAUGUGGAACUGGGUAA